AUGGCUGUCGGUCCUGAAGAUGUCUCACAUGGCAAAGAAGUUCCAGGAUUGUUCGAUCUACCAAGCUCAGACAUGUCGACGAUGCGGAUCGCUAUAGCUGGAACCGGUGGACUGGCACGACUCAUUGCACACUACAUCAACCAAGACACCAGCCAUCAUGUCAUCUUCCUGUCACGAUCGGACAAACCGCCUCUCGCCGCCAAGGGCUACCAAGUCACCGUUGUCGACUACGACGAUGCCGACUCCCUCAAGUAUGCUCUCCGAGGAAUUGACACAGUCAUAUCAACAGUCACCGGCCCUUCACAAAUCGAAUUGAUCAAGGCUGCGGUGUCAGUCCGUGUUCGUCGGUUUGCGCCUGCUGAAUUCGAAGGCCUGUCCCAACUUCGACCCGCCAACGACCCGUUGGACCGCCAAAGAUCGCUGGCCCUGCAUUGGCUCAACCACUACUCGCAGUUCAUACAAUCGACCAAGUUUGUCUGCGGGGUACUUUACGAACGUCUCCAACCCGGAGGACUUACGCAAUCGAGCAUCGGCCAUACUUCCGGCUUCAGCGGAGAAGGCGACUACAUCAUGAACUGUCGGACGAUGGAAGCGAAUGUGCCUGCGUACGAUGCGGACAACAACUCCAGCGUCGCGAUUUGCAUGACCGCUGCUCAGGAUGUCGGCCGCUUCGUCACGAAAGCGAUUGACCUGAAGCAGUGGCCUGCAGAGUUGCGGAUGUCCGGGCAGCGAAUACUGGUGAAGGAUCUUGUUGCUACCGUGUCACGCUUGAAGGGACAAGUCUUCGACCCCAUCACCUGGCACAACCCAGCCUCCCUUCGCUCAGAACUACAACUCGCCGCCGCCCAACAAGACACCGCCCGCGGCACGCGCAUUCAGACCUUGAUCGCCACCGCCAAUGGUCGCUACGACUUCUCCCAACCCAACUUGAAUCGCGCCUUCCCUGACAUCCGUCCGAUAUCCUUCAACGACUGGUUCGUCGCGAAGUGGAGCGGACAGCAAUAG